UGGCGGCCAUUUGCUGAAAAGUUUUGCGGCUGACUGAGCGCGCGCCUCGACGCAACGCGCAUCAUGGGCAAGCGGAGCAAGGAGACGUCGAGCGGCGACGCGUCCACCAAAAAGAAGAAGGCCAAGGCCUCCGCGACGCCCGCGAACGCCGUCACCCUCACUCCUGCCGCGCCGCCGUCGCGCGACGGCACGGAGGGCGCCUUCAAGUCCAUGGCCGUCGCGGCGCACUUCGCGCUACUGCCGCACUGCCUCGACGACGUGCGCGUGCACAUCCGCCAGCUGCUCCAGGACCAGCUCAUGCGCUUCUCGUCGGCGCUCGGCGGGGUGCCGCUCACGGCGACGGACGUCGCGCUCGCGCCGGGCUCGAAGCACGGCCGCGUCUACGGCGGCGACGCGCACGUCCACGUCGACGUCCGCUUCAACAGCACCGUCUUCUGCCCGAAGCCGCCGCAGGUGCUGCCCGCGCGCGUCAACGCCGUCGCGCCAGGCUUCGUCGGCCUCCUCGUGCACGGCUACUUCAACGCGUCCGUCGACAAGGCCGAGCUCGGCGGCUGGGCCUUCGACGGCGCCAAGUGGACCAACGGCGACGCGGACCUCGCCGUGGGCACGCUCGUCCGCUUCCGGCUGCAGCGGCGGGAGAACAAGGACGGCAUCCUCUCCUUCGCCGGGUCGCUCGUCGGCGUCGACGAGACGGCGUCGUCGGACGCGUUCCGCCAGCUCUGCCGCGAGCUCGUCUGGCGCGUCGAGCACCGCGGGGACGGCGGCGCGGGCUUCGGCGCGCUGUCGCCGGCGGCGCGCGACGCGCUGCUCGAGGACGUCUACGGGCAGAUGGUCGUCGACGGCGGGUCCGCGGGCCAGUUCGAGGCGCUGCUGUCGGCGCAGCUCGACCUGAGCCUCUCGCGCGCGGUCACGGCCGCGCGGCUCGAGGGCGAGGAGCGCGGCGGCGGCUCCGCGAGCGUCGUCGAGCUCAUCGAGGCCGAGGCGUCCGCGGGCAUCCUCGCGCUCCUCGAGGGGCUGCCCCGGGAGAACGGCCUGGGCGCGCUCCAGCUGCUCCUGGGCCGGCCCCUGCCCGGGGCGCUCCGGGGGCCCCUCUGGCGCGCGCGGCUCCGCGACGAGGCCGCGGCGACGACCUUCCGCGACCUGCGGCGCCGCGGCGUCGUCGCGACGAUCUCGCCCUUCGACGCGGACAUCACCGCGCGCUGCGCGGAGAUCCUGGGGCCCCGCGACUUCGGCGCCGACGGCCUCGCGGCCAUGAAGACGGCCCUGUCCUACCUCGACGCGCGGCACCGCUCCCGCCGCACCGCCGCGCUGCCCGAGGCCGCGUACUGGCUCGCGGUGCCGCCGCUCCGCGUCUUCGGCGAGGCCGCGGACGCCGAGGCCGUCGUCGCCGCCGUGAGCGCCGCGCUCGCGCGGGGCCUCGAGCCCGCGACGGUCGAGGCGAGCCCGCGGCCCGACGGGACGCCCUUCGCCGCGGCCGGCGACGCGGCGGCGGCGUCGCCGAACGCGAAGCUCCUCGAGGGCGGCGCGGGCGCCGCGGCCCUCGCGCUCCGCCUGGGCAUCGGCCUGCCCCGCGCGGCCGCGACGCCCGCCUGGUGGGUGCCCAAGGACUGGCUCGACCGCGCGGCGGCCGUGCUCCGCGGCGCGGGCGACGACGAGCUCCUCGACGCGCUCGGCGGCGGCGGCGACGUCCUCGGCCGGGCCGUCGGGGCGACGAUGAAGCGCGGCCUCGUCGACGUCUGCUCCGAGGCCGCCGCGCUCUACGUCUGGGACCAGUGCGUGCUGAGCUCCUUCGACGGCGUCCUGCCCGCGGCCGCGGCCGCGCUCCUCCUCUGCGUCCGCGACGCGGUCCUCUUCCGCGUCGCGCGCCUCGAGGCCGGCGAGGACGCGGGCGACGCCGCGCGGGGCGCGCUCGAGGCCGUCGCCAGGGACGCGUCCGCCGGCGACCUCGAGGCCCAGUUCGCCGCGCACGGCCUCCGCCACGUCCUCGGCUUCCACCCGCGCGACCUCCAGGGCGCGCGACCGGGCGCGCUCGCGCCCCUCGCGCCGAGCCUGCCGAGCGUGCUCCUCGACGCGGCGCUGCCCGGCGCGCUCGACGCCGCGCCGGUCCCCGACGACGCGCCCCACUCGCUCGCGGACGGUGCGGCCUUCGUGCCGUCGAGCCCGCCGCACGUCGCCGCGGACGUCGACGGCGCGGCGCUCGCGCUCGACUGGGUCGACGUCUUCCCCGACGGCGACACGCUGCCCGCCGUCGUCGACCGCGUCCUCGCGGCGCCGAGCAACGCCAAGGGCCUCCGCGACGCCGCGGAGCUCAUCGGCGCGGGCGCGGACGGCGCGAUCAAGCGCGCCGUCGCCGCCGCCGUCGCCGCCGCGCUCCCGGGCCUCGCCGCGCUCUACGGGACGCUGCCGAGCAAGGUGGCCGGCCCGCUCGGCGCCGUGCUCGGCGGCUGCGUGCGGCUGCCGCUGCCCCUCGUCGACGCCGAGGACCACGACGACGUGCCCGCGCCGAAGCCGCCGCGGCCGCCGCACGACGGUGGCGCGACGGCCGACGUCCUCGGCGAGGCCGCGGCGACGGCGGAGAAGGCGACGCUGCCCCACCUCGUCUACUCCGCGUACAACGCGCUCCGCGUGAAGCACGACCUCGCCGUCGUCGCGGCCGCGCAGCACCGCGACAUCGUCGCGGCCGAGGAGGCCAUCGCCGCGGCGAAGCGCGCCGAGGCGCGGCGCGCCGCCGCCGAGGAGCAGCGGCGCUUGGAGGCCGAGGCCGAGGCGCAGCGCGCGCGCGACGCGCGGUCCGCGACCGAGGCCGAGGCGGAGCGCGCCGAGGGCGAGGCGCGCGCGGCGAAGCGCGAGGCCGCCGCGGCGACGGCCGCCGAGGCGCUCGGGGCCGCCUUCCUCGCCUGCGUCGCCGAGGCCAAGGCCGCGCGCGACGCCGCGGCCGCGGCGCGGGCCAAGUACGACGCCGCGGAGGCGGACCGCGACCGCGUCAUCCGCGACGCCGUCGCCGCGGUGCAGCAGUCCGUCUACCGCCACACCUACGCGCCCGCGGAUCUCGCGGCCCUGGACGCCAAGGCCGAGAAGGCCUACCGGAAGAAGUUCCCCAAGUUCGAGAAGGCGCUCCGGAAGAAGUGGAAGCACGACGCGGCCCUUUCCGCGCCCUACGUCGUCCCCGACGAGGCGGCGCUUGUUGUCGUGCUCGGGGGGUUGGAGGUUAAGGGCUCACCGCUGCUCCGGUCCAUGCUCGUGCUCAACGCGCGGGCCUUCGGCUUCCUCAACGCGCCGCUCGUCGGCGCGGCGCGGCGCGGCUUCCGCGGCGGCGCGGCGGCGCCGACCCUGGGCCUCAGCCGGCGCGGCGGCGCCCUCCACGGCGCGCGGUCCGCGUCCGACUUCACGACGUCGGAGCUGAAGCGGCUGCUGGGCGAGCGCGGCAUCGACUUCCGCGACUGUUUGGAGAAGCGCGAGCUCGUCGAGCGGCUCCAGGACGCGCUCCGGGGCGGCGACGGCCUGAGCGGCGGCGCCGCGAGCGCCAUGGGCCAGCUCGACGCGGGCGAACGGUCCGUCGUCGAGCUCUUCCAGCGCGUCGCGCCGUCCGUGGCGUUCAUCCAGACGUCCGUCGUCAAGUCGACGUCGCCGCUGUCGAUGCGCGGCGAGGUCACGCCGAGCGGCUCCGGGUCGGGCUUCGUCUGGGACACGGAGGGCCACGUCGUCACGAACUACCACGUCAUCCAGCAGGCCCAGAAGGCGACGGUGACGGGUUUGGGGACGGGCGACGCGGCGUCGAUGGCCGCCUACGACGCGACGCUGGUCGGCGCGGAGCCGGAGAAGGACAUCGCCGUGCUCAAGGUGCGCGCGCCGGCGUCCGUGCUCGAGCCCAUCGAGGUCGGCAGUUCGAGCGAGCUGCUCGUGGGCCAGUCGGUCCUCGCGAUCGGCAACCCCUUCGGCCUGGACCACACGCUGACCAAGGGCAUCGUCUCCGCGGUGGGCCGCGAGGUCCAGGGCGUCGCGGGGCGGCCCAUCAAGGGCUGCGUCCAGACCGACGCGGCCAUCAACCCGGGCAACUCCGGCGGGCCGCUCCUGGACGCGAAGGGCCGCUUGAUCGGCGUGAACACGGCCAUCUACUCGCCGUCGGGCGCGUCCGCGGGCAUCGGCUUCGCCAUCCCCGUCGACGCCGUGCGCCGCAUCGUCAACCAGCUCAUCCGCUACGGCCGCAUGCUCCGGCCGUCCAUGGGCAUCUCCGUCGCGGACGACCAGAUGACGCGGGGCCUCGCGAUGCGCCUCGGCGCGCCCCUCGACGGCGUCUUGGUCAUGGAGGCGCCGCCGAACUCGCCGGGCGCCGACGCGGGCCUCGUCGGCUGCAUGCGCAAGAACGGCCAGCUCUAUUUGGGCGACCUCAUCACGCGCGUCAACGGCACGCCCGUCAAGACCGUCGAGGACCUCCUCACGCUCGUCGAGGAGACGGAGAUCGGCUCCUCCGUCGUCCUCACGGUCCACCGCAGCGCCGACGCGAAGAACGAGGAGACCCUCACGGUCAAGACCGUCGACCGCAGCCAGCUCGCGCGCUCCUAG